CUGCCUGGGCCAACGGCUGCACGACGCAGUACCACAGCGGCUGUCUGGCUGUUGAUUGGACGGGAGCAAGCCGUGGCGGGGUCAACCCCACAGUUCUCACGAAUCUUGGACGGCUAAGUUUUGUGGUGCCUCAGGAUCGGCUCUAGACCUGCGAGCUGUGGUAGCGCCGAAAACCGCUGGAUACCUUGAAUGUCUUUUUCCCACUCGACUCACCACUUGUGCAGUCAAACUUCAAAUUUGUCUUGCAGUGUCGACGUCGUGGGACAAUUGAUGUGGCACACCUUGGUUCCCGUCGUCAUAUUUCUAGGGUUCCCUCACUUUUCUUUCGAAUUCGAAUUUUGAAUCUCAAAUCUCGAAUCCAAACACGACGACACUCCACGAUCAUUGUUCUAGGUGACCCAUCCGUCCCAGCUUCCUGGACUUUUGCUGGCUGGUUGGCCCUCCCAGACCAAAGCUCUCCUCCCCUCUCCUCUCACGAAUCCGCCAUUUCACAAUGCUUCGAUCACGACAAGCCGCCAAGGCCGUCAGGGCCCUUGCGCAAACUUCGCGACAGAAUCAGCGUUCCUUCACCGUUUCCCCCGCUGCUUCGGCUCUACAAACCACCACAAAGCCGCUCAACGCCGUCCGGAAUCAGACCACCUCAGCACAACCUACCCCUCAAAUAAGAGACACGCCUGCGCCUAGCUUCAAUGUCGCCGACGCAAAGGACCGUAGCCAUGUGCAACCACUGGUCAACCCAAGCACCCCAAACAUGGACGAAUCGUUCAUUGGCAAAACUGGAGGCGAAAUCUUCCACGAAAUGAUGCUGCGGCACGGUGUCAAACACAUCUUUGGCUACCCUGGUGGGGCUAUCCUUCCCGUUUACGAUGCUAUAUACAACUCGAAACACUUCGAUUUUAUCCUUCCAAAACACGAACAGGGCGCUGGGCAUAUGGCUGAGGGCUAUGCUCGCGCUUCUGGUAAACCAGGCGUUGUUCUUGUCACAUCUGGCCCCGGUGCCACGAAUGUGAUCACCCCGAUGCAAGAUGCUCUUUCGGAUGGCACACCCAUGGUUGUAUUCACUGGCCAGGUGGUCACUGGCGCUAUUGGCAGCGAUGCCUUUCAGGAAGCAGACGUUGUUGGCAUUUCGAGAGCUUGCACCAAGUGGAACGUUAUGGUAAAGGAUAUUGCCGAGUUGCCGCGCCGCAUAAACGAAGCUUUCGAAAUUGCUACAACUGGUCGCCCCGGUCCGGUGCUCGUUGAUCUACCAAAGGACGUUACUGCUGGCGUUUUGAGGAGGGCGAUUCCCACAACAUCUGCCUUGCCUGGCCUUCCCAGUGCUGCCUCGCGCGCUGCCAUGGAGGCUACACAAAAACAGCUUGAACGUUCUUUGUCUCGUGUCGCAGAGCUCAUCAACAUCGCAAAGCGACCCGUUAUAUAUGCUGGCCACGGAAUUAUAACGUCUGAGAACGGACCCCAGCUGCUCAAGGAGCUCGCAGACAAGGCGUCAAUCCCCGUCACCACUACGCUACAUGGUUUGGGAGCCUUCGAUGAGCUGGAUGAGAAGUCUCUGUACAUGCUUGGCAUGCACGGCUCUGCGUUUGCUAAUAUGGCUAUGCAAGAGGCUGAUCUCAUCAUUGCCUUGGGUAGCCGAUUUGAUGAUCGUGUCACACUCAACAUUUCCAAGUUUGCGCCUGCCGCAAAAGCCGCUGCGGCAGAGGGUCGUGGUGGCAUUGUUCACUUCGAAAUCAUGCCGAAGAACAUAAACAAGGUUGUUCAAGCAACUGAGGCCAUUGAGGGUGAUGUAUCAAGGAACUUGUCGCAGCUACUCCCUCACGUUAAUUCAACAUCGAUGGCGGAUCGCAAGGAAUGGUUUGACAAGAUCAAGUCUUGGAAAGAAAAGUGGCCAAUGAACUCUUUCGAACGCACUGAGAGACCAGGGAUGAUCAAACCUCAAGUUCUCAUUGAGCAGCUCAGCGAAUUGACUGCGCCCCGGAAGCACGAGACGAUCAUUACUACCGGAGUAGGGCAACAUCAAAUGUGGACAGCCCAACACUUCCGAUGGCGCUAUCCUCGAACCAUGAUUACCUCCGGCGGUUUAGGCACUAUGGGAUACGGGCUGCCUGCUGCCAUUGGUGCCAAAGUUGCACGGCCUGAUGCCUUGGUCAUUGACAUUGACGGUGAUGCAUCGUUCAAUAUGACCCUUACUGAACUUUCCACCGCUGCCCAGUUCAACAUAGGUGUCAAAGUCAUUGUUCUCAACAAUGAGGAGCAGGGUAUGGUUACUCAGUGGCAGAACCUCUUUUACGAAGACCGAUAUGCGCACACCCAUCAAAAGAAUCCCGAUUUCAUGAAGCUUGCUGAUGCUAUGGGUGUUCAACACAAAAGACUUAUCAAGCCAGAGGACACUACAGAGUAUCUUAAAUGGUUGAUCGAAUCAGACGGCCCUGCUCUACUAGAAGUUAUGACGGACAAAAAGGUGCCUGUCCUGCCUAUGGUUCCUAGCGGCUCGGGUCUACAUGAGUUCCUUGUAUGGGACGGAGAAAAGGACAAGAAGCGGCGAGAACUGAUGCGAUCACGCACUAGUGGCUUACAUGGCUAAUAAUUGAUUAUGAUGUUGCAUAUGCGUUUGGCGUUUUGUCUGGCUUUAUUUCUUUUCCCUUAUCAUUCUACUCGUGGUGGCAAGAAGUUUUUUGACGUAUAACUGACAUUGAGCGGUGUCCAAAAAGUCUGGAAGCAAUUUACCAAAACUUGUAUAUCCUGUGUAUGGUUUCGAUCUCAAUGGAUACGGUGGUAGUAUGUGGCUAUGGCGUACCUAUUUAGUUAUGUAUGCAAUGUUUCUAUCGGAUAUGGAUUAAAAUGAAACGGAUUGGCAAUUUUGAACAUUUAACGAUAACGAUCUGAAGCUGAAGGCCAUGGUUGGGCUGUGUGACAUGCCUCUCUACCAUAAUGUAUAUUUAUUAUACCUUUGUAGCGCACGCAAUUUAGAGUGACAAGGGCCAUGCUCGUCCCAUAUUGAAAUCUUCGUCUAUCAGUGCAUAUCACUCCCUUCUUCUAAUCCUUCCUAUUGAGCUGUUCUUAUUGUAGUAUCUACGUGUCUCCCUCACGUGCGAUGCCCUUACUAGAAGGCUGGUAGCCACCUACUCGGUAAUCCCAAUC